AUGUUUUUAUCUGUGGUUGCUGAACUACGACCUGUUAUUGAUUCGGGCACGUUGCGCACACUGGUACAGCUACUGGAUACGAAUGUGGUCAUGGAAAGUGGAGCCUUUCCUCCUUCCUGGUCAUUCUUCGUUCAGGAUCUGAUAAAAGGUAUGAUAACGGAAAUGAUGUGGCCGGAGAUGAAGAAGCAGAUCGAGGAGCUUACAUACAGCGAGGGAAUUCGCUUAGCUACAUCGUGUGGUAUUGUUCCAGAAAAUGCCGAAAUUUUGAUUGGUGAAGGACGGCUGGGCGUUGGAGCAACGCUCAGUUUGCAGAAUCUGCAGCCGCAACACUGCAUCAAAGAUCUCAGAAGCUCGUUACCAAAUGCUGCUAAAUUGUUUCCAAAAUAA